AUGAUUAAAAGAGCUCUGCCUCAUAGCCCUGGCCCUGCCAAUGGCAGCCUCUACGCCAGAGUGAGGAAGAGGAGUAGUAACAAAGGAGGUGAUAUGUUUCCCCAGGCAACCAGCGGCCCUAUUCCCAGUGACCUUGCCCUGUCAGCCGGUAGUGAUUCAGGCUUCUCUAUUGCCUCCCAGUGGACAGGGGUUAUUACUGCAGUGAGCCCUGGGAGAAGGUCCAGUGAGGACGAACGUACCCAGCAAAGGAGGCUUCUAUAUGGGGUUGGCCUGGAGAAGGCUCAGCCUCCUCUGGAAGACAUGACAAAGCUCCCAGCCUCCAGUAAUGGAGAGGGGAAGAUGGACGGGGACAAGGAAGGCUUAGGGCAGCCUGUCAAUGAGGAGGCCUUGCCCAGCGAGAGGGAGACAGACAUCCUGGAUGAUGACAAGUUUAUCCCUGAGGCUAGCCCUGCCUUGGACAGGCAUAGCUUGGCUAGCAUCGGCUCAUUGUCCUCUGAGAGCCUGCCUGAAGCUCAGCAAUUGGUCCAGAGUGGAAGUGGAUACUCCACCCCCUCCACCUACACCACCCAAUCAUGGGUGCAGCAGCAGCAGGCAGUCGACGCCCCAGAGGGGGAGGAGCAAACAGACCAGGGGUGGGACAGCCCUGUGGAUACACCUCCUCUGAUUGGUCCAGACACCCUGUCAGUUCCAGACAUGCCCAAUACGGGGACCAGCAGAAGAGAGGCGGUGCAGAGACGAAUGGAGGGUGGGGUGGGGGUUGAGAGGUCGCCUGUGCAGAUGGACAGCGACAAACAUUCCACACACACCACAUAUGCCACACACACCACACACACACCCCUACCCUCAGGGGAACCCUAUGGGCAGGAGGAGCUUGCCUCGUUAGUAACAGACAUGGAUGAGUCCAUCGAGCGGCUCAACCGGUUAAUCCUUGACCUGGACCCCACCUUCAUACCUGUCCCCAACCGACAUCCCGUCCCCCCCCCCCUGUCCCGCUCCGCCCCCCCUCCACACCAAUGGGAUAAGCCAAACGACAACCCACGCCAACGCCAGCCAAUCAGCAGAGGCUGGAAGCAUAGACAGGCCAGUGAUGUCACAGAUUACCCAGGGUUCCAUAGUCCGGGUUGGAGCGGAGCCCAGACGUUCCAGAACUCUCUGAUCUUCAGGCCCAACCUUCUUCCCUCUCAGCGUGGCCGUCUCUACAGGAUGGAGGACUAUGAAGGACAGACUCCAGUGAUGGAGAGCUGUGACAUCGUCCCACCCACACCAGCAUUUCCUGUUUCUCCUCCAACGCCCUAUGUGAAAAGUUGUCCAGUUGUCUCUUACAUGAGGCAUGGCAAGGGACAGUGGGAUAUGAGCAGAACAUCACUAGAUUCUCGAAGUUUCCUGGACAGUAGUAUGAACCAAACUCCAGCCUCGUCGAAUGGAGAGCUUUUCUGCUCGGAAGUGUCCUUCACUCCCGCCACCUGUCAGAGAAUGUUCGGAUCCAUGCACUCUGUAUCGUCAAGGACCCUCCCACACACAAACAGCCUCCUCAAUGUCCACAGAUCUCCCCUGGGGGCCCAGAGGGACCUGGAGGGGUCUGGGGGCCAGAGCUGGGGUGAGAGGAACCAUGAUGCCCAAAGCCAGGGGGAUUUAGUCUCUCUGCUGCUGGGGAAUGGACAUCUUGGUCUGGAGGACAGCCUGUUGGAAGCUAUGGAGGGUCUGGGGGUCCUGGAUCUAGGCCUGGGGCUUGGAGAGGGUGGACUGACAGGACUGCCACCCGUGCUGCCUGAGAAGAGGGUACCAGGGCUGGCUGGGUCCCGCUCCCCCUCUCUCAGUGGAUUAUCCAGCCCCCACAGUGGUAGUAGUCUCAGCAUCCCCUUCCCCUCAGCCAUGACCCCAGCCCCUUUCAGAGGACUCAGCCCUGGUGGUGGUGGAGCCCCUUUGCCUGGAUCAGACCCGUUUUCCAGUAAGCAGGACAAUGUGAAGUUUGUUCAGGACACUUCCAAAUUCUGGUACAAGCCUGACAUCUCCAGAGAUCAAGCCAUCGGGGUGCUGAAGGACAGAGAACCUGGAUCCUUCAUCGUCAGGGACAGUCACUCGUUCCGCGGAGCCUACGGAUUGGCUAUGAAGGUGGCCACACCCCCUCCCUCUGUCCUGACACAGAGCAAGAAAGUGGGUGGCGACCUAUCCAAUGAACUGGUUAGGCACUUCCUGAUUGAGUGCACACAGAAAGGGGUGCAGCUUAAGGGCUGUCCCAAUGAACCCUACUUCGGAAGUCUGACUGCGUUGGUCUGUCAACAUUCCAUUACCCCUUUGGCCCUUCCCUGUAAACUCAUCAUCCCCGAAAGAGAGACAAGUGAUCCCUCAACACAGUCAGUAACCAACUCUGCUGCUGAGCUACUCAAACAGGGAGCAGCUUGCAGUGUGUGGUUCUUGGGCUCAGUAGAGCUGGAGUCUUUGACAGGGUACCAGGCUGUACAAAAGGCAGCCAGUCGGACUCUGGCCAUGGACCCUCCUCCAACCUCCACUGUGGUUAAUUUCAAAGUCUCAACACAGGGCAUCACUCUCACCGACAAUCAGAGGAAGCUGUUCUUCAGGAGACACUACACCGUCAAUACCGUCAUUUUCUGUGCCCUUGACCCACAGGACCGCAAGUGGACAAGAGAUGGCUGCUCGUCUGCUAAGAUCUUUGGUUUUGUGGCGAGGAAGUCGACGAGUGGGACGGAGAAUGUGUGUCACCUGUUUGCUGAACACGACCCCGAACAACCUGCCACUGCCAUCGUCAACUUCGUCUCCAAGGUGUUGAUUGGAUCACUGAAGAAAUAAGACCUGGACACACACACACCACACACACCACACACACCACACACACCACACACACACACACACACACCACACACACACACACACACACACACACACACCACACACACCACACACACCACA